AGUUGUCAAUGUUAACCGGGUUGACGUUCGGAAGGGGUUUUCUCCAGACGGUGUAAUUAGUCAUUUAGGGUGCGCGAACGGAUAUAAGGUUGGGCUCUAGGUCGCGCUAGCCACGCAGACAACGUUUUCGGUCAGGUGCAGAUAGACUAGAACGGAACGCAACAAGGAGCUCUUUCGCGUGCGUGCGUGUGUGAUUGGGGUGCUCUUGUAAGAUCAGUGUCAGGCCCCGGGAAGGUGGUACCUACUGCUUUUGUUUGUACAACACGAGUGCAGUUUAGCGGUGAUUGGAAUUCUAUGUUCGCGGGCGUGCAGUGAAGAGUUUUGUUUGCUUCGCUUUGAAUGCUAACUAAACAUUAAUUGAUGUGCAUAAACGUGGCCGGAGAGCAAGACGACGACAGGAUAAAGAAGUUCUGCCGUAACAAAACCUGCGGUUGCAUUCGAUCCAGUGCCGAUUGAUCUAACGGAGCUCGCGCGUGGCUUCACUCCACUAGCCGAGUUCAAAAGGGAUCCAUUAUAUCAUUUUUUAUUCAGUUCGAAAGUUUAUUUUUAGUGCGAAACGGUGGAAGAAAGAUACUACAGUAAACCGAUUAAGAAGUGAAUUCUUCGAAAGUGUUUUUUUAUUGUAUAGCGCUUUGCAUGUGUUUUGUGUAACUUUAGUUUCGAACAGAGUGGAUCGAAUAAGCUGAUUUGGCUGUUUAUUUCCUCGAGCGAGUGGACACAACGAACGUAAAGUUUUGUUGUUUGAAAUUGCAGUUUGUUUUUUUUCCGGUACUGCCGCAUUCCGACUGUUCCGUGCCUUCUUCUCCCCCCAUGCCCGUGUAAUCUCAACCUUCACGGAUCAACCAAGACGUGUGCAAUCUUCCCCCGCAGCAGAAGCGGUCACAUAAUCCUAAUCGUCUUACAAUAGACACACAUCCACCUUCGAAUAUCGCAGCCCAGCGCCGCACAGUUCGCUUGAAUUAUGUCCAAAUCGAAUCCCAAGGAGGUGGAAAUGAACACGAUGCACCGGUCCGGGUCGGCAAACCGCUUCCAGGUAAAUUUAGUUAAUCACGACGAGCGAACCGGUGGCGGCGGCGGAGGAGAAUCGGGUGGUGGUCCGAAUGGAAACGCUGACGCUACCACGGACGACGAUACCUUCCCGGAAGAGCUGGUCAAACGGAGAACUUCCCGGCUACAAUCGUUGAGGCCCAGCUUCCGGGAUAAGGAGAGGAAAAACUCGCAAACCACGCGCUUCAAGGUGGACGAAAACAACGGUUCCGAUUCGAAUGACGACGAGGAGGACAACCUGAUUGAUGACAAUAAGUACGCUCGGAGUUUCAGACAUUUCACGAGGGAAGCACUGCCACGUGUGGAUAACUACCGGAACAUUCUCUCCUUCCAGGCUAACAAUCGGCCAACGUUGGAUGAGUUACAUCAUGCUUCCAUCACCAACAAGGAAACAAUGCGCCGUGGCACGGUGCUGGUGGAUGUCGGUGAACUGGAAGGUUCCAUCAAGUUCGGCUGGAUCAAAGGCGUCCUGAUGCGAUGCCUGCUGAACAUCUGGGGCGUGAUGCUGUUCCUGCGGCUUAGCUGGGUUGUCGGACAGGCCGGUAUAGUGCAGGGUGUCUUGCUGAUUCUGAUUACCACCGUUGUAACGACGAUUACGGCCCUGUCGAUGUCGGCCAUCAGCACCAACGGUGUAAUCAAGGGUGGCGGCACCUACUACAUGAUAUCCCGCUCGCUGGGGCCCGAGUUUGGCGGUUCGAUCGGAUUGAUCUUUUCGCUGGCCAAUGCCGUGGCUUGUGCUAUGUACGUGGUGGGUUUCUGCGAAUCGAUAACCGAUCUGCUGGCCUCGUUCGGGGUGCAGAUUAUCGACGGAGAUGUUCAGGAUAUUCGGAUCAUUGGCUGUAUCACCAUUGUUAUACUGCUCGGGAUCGUGGUCAUCGGAAUGGAAUGGGAAGCCAAAGCACAGGUUGUGCUUCUCAUCAUACUGCUGGUGGCCAUUGUGGAUUUCCUGAUCGGAACGCUAAUCGGACCGAAGUCGGAUUUGGAUAUGGCGAGAGGUUUUGUUGGUUACAAUGCAACUGUAUUCGUUGAAAAUCUAAACUCGGAUUAUCGGCCAGUGAAGAAUGUCAAUCACGAUUUUUUCUCGGUGUUUGCCAUCUUCUUCCCGGCAGCUACGGGAAUUUUGGCCGGUGCCAACAUUAGCGGGGAUCUCAAGGAUCCAUCGAAAGCCAUUCCGAAGGGUACGAUCUUGGCCAUCGUAUCAACCUCCCUGUCCUACGUUGCAAUGGCCAUAAUGGCUGGUGCUACCGUGGUCCGUGAUGCCACAGGAAACGUAACAGACCUAGCCAACGACUCGUGGGCUUUCGCCGACUGUGCACCGGAGGAGUGUCAUUUUGGACUGCACAAUUCAUUCCAGGUAAUGGAACUGGUAUCGGCUUAUGGUCCGAUCAUAUAUGCGGGAUGUUUCGCUGCGACCCUGUCGUCGGCAUUGGCCAGUUUGGUGUCCGCACCGAAAGUAUUUCAAGCCCUGUGCAAAGACAAACUCUAUCCCAAGAUUGGAUGGUUCGGAAAAGGAUUCGGAAAAAAUAACGAACCGGUUCGAGGAUAUUUUUUGACGUUUAUUAUUUCGGUGGCCGUCAUUCUGAUUGGAGAGCUUAAUCUGAUUGCACCGCUCAUUUCUAAUUUCUUUUUGGCGGCUUAUUGUUUGGUGAACUUCAGCACAUUCCACGCCAGUUUAGCGAAGCCUGUCGGCUGGAGACCUACAUUCAGGUUCUACAACAUGUGGCUCAGCUUGAUCGGUGCUAUACUUUGCAUAGCCGUAAUGUUCCUGAUAUCGUGGCCAACGGCCCUGAUAACAUUCGCCGUCGUUUUGGCACUGUACCUGUUUGUAUCGUACCGCAAACCGGACGUCAACUGGGGAUCUACGACACAGGCGCAAACGUACAAAAAUGCACUCAUGUCGGUUCAGCAACUCAACAACGUGGAAGACCACGUCAAAAACUACCGUCCACAGAUUCUAGUCAUGUCUGGUCACCCGAGCACCCGACCAUUGCUGGUGAACUUCGCUAAUCUGCUGACCAAAAACCUAUCGCUGAUGAUUUGUGGGCACGUCAAUAAAAUCCAAACGUCUCAAAAGUACCGAAACUAUCUCCAGCGAAAAGCCACGGACUGGUUCCGACGGCAGAAGGUGAAGGGCUUCUAUGCCUACCUGGAUGACAAUGACUUCGAAACGGGGGCACGAGCUGCGAUGCAGGCCAGUGGAAUGGGAAAACUACGUCCCAAUGUCCUGCUGCUGGGCUACAAAAACGACUGGAGCAAGUGCGACUCGGUGGAGCUGGAACAGUACUUCAACGUGGUGCACAAAGCACUGGAUAUGUACUUAUCCGUGGCGAUUCUGAGGGUAGCCAAGGGUUUGGAUUAUUCACAGGUGCUUGGGGAGGAAACCACCGUCAAACGUGUUGCCGAAGCACCGCGAUCGCUUGUCCACAACGACAGCACCAACGAUUUGGACCUGCAGAACAAAACUAGUUCCCUGCACGGAAGCUGUGAUUCGCUGAGUCGAAAUCUAUCCCAAGCAUCCGCCGAGCAGAACAAUGUGCGCGAGAAAAACGAGAGGAAUCUCAAAGCCAGCAGCACCAGUGAUCUGACCGUCGGAACGCCCCGAAACCAGACCGUGUCGGGCAUGCCGGAUCCGAUGGAUAUCAACGCCAAGCUGCUUAACGAAACAAAUCAACGCUCCCUCAAGCGCACCCACAACGAUCCAGCCCUGCUCUACCGCGGUCCGGGCGGGGUUGAGCUACCGAAGGACAUUCUGGACGAACUGAGUCAGUUCACAAGUAAGAAGAAAAAUGGCAUCAUCGAUGUUUAUUGGCUUUACGACGACGGCGGUCUGACGCUGCUGCUGCCAUACAUCAUCAGCACCCGACGGAACUGGAGCGCCUGCAAACUGCGGGUGUUCGCCCUGGCAAACCGAAAAGCCGAACUGGAGUUCGAGCAGCGGAACAUGGCCAGUCUGCUGGCUAAGUUCCGUAUAGAUUACUCGGACCUUAAGCUGCUGCCGGAUGUAACGAAAAAACCGGAACAGAGCACCGUGAACUUCUUCAAGGGAUUGAUAAAGGACGUUACGGGCGAGGAACCGGGUCAAAUCUCCGAAGCCGAACUGUUGGCGGUUCAGGACAAAACCAAUCGUCAUCUAAAUUUGCGUGAAUAUUUGCUGGAGCAAUCAACUAAAUCGGAUCUGGUUGUCAUGACGCUUCCGAUGCCACGGAAGGAAGUCGUUACUGCCCCACUCUACAUGGCCUGGCUGGAAACACUGAGCCAAGGGCUGCCUCCGUUUUUGUUCGUCCGAGGCAAUCAGACCAGUGUGCUGACGUUCUACUCCUAGUGGAACCGGAGUCUACGGACGUAGUAGUAUUGCAGUCCGGUUCGGUCCGGUCCGGUCCGGUCCGGUCCAGGACAGGACAGGAGGUGCACAAACAGCACAAACUGUUGAACUUACAUUAUCUCUGUUUAGAAAGUUUUAUAGUGUUGAUUACUCAUGAUACAUUUCACUUUUAUUUCUUCGUGACGAUUCCAGCAUUAGUUUUACCCAGCAAAGUAAUUUAUUUCAUGUUUCCACCACGAGAGUUAUAUCCUCUCAACGGGGCUUGAAGUUCGGUUCGAGAAGGGGGAGGCACGCGGAUAUUCACUGAAUCCGGCAAAUGGCAGAAUAUUCAAACGUAUGAAUGAUGUUUUCAAAUGAAAUAAUCUGCACACCGUCACCCACCUCCCCACUGCUACCCUUCGUCGAAUCGUAUCUCAAGCAAGGAUACCUUCCCGUUUUCCAUCCAAGUAGGCCACGGUCUACCUGAUACUAGAAUAAGGAAAGUUUAACAACCCCCUGUCAGACAGUAUUGCAUUUCACGGAGCAAAGUAUCACCACACAGUUGUUAUAAUUUAACUUUUUAAUAUGUAUAGAAAUAAUUAUAAUCACGAACCAGCUGCAUAGUGCAAACGUUGACGAGGCUGUCGCGCCAGCCACUAAGCUGUAAUAAAACACUCGUAAGAAGCUUUACGAAGCGAAUCGGAAUUAUAUAUAUAUUAUUAUUAUAUCGUUUAAGCGAAUCGGAAAUCCUUUCUGAAGUUUCUAUUGAAAUAAAUUCACGUUCAAAUAUUCACAAUCAAUUUUGCCGCCUCCUGGUAAUCCCAGGAGGAGGUAAAAUUUUUUCUGAUGAUCCGCUUAAAUUGUUCUAAUAGCUGUUUAUCUUCGUUGGUGGGACAUCGCUUUCAUUUCAUUUCGUUUCCAUUGGAUUUCAAAAGUUUUCAAAAGCAAAACCGAUUAUUAUCAAACUUGGCUUAUAGCAAUUCCACUAACUUGCCUUCCAUGGAUCGGAUAGAUAUGGUAAUUGUUUCGUUUGUUUUUCUUUUACCGGUUCACCAACCGCUCAAACACAUUUUGAUUCAUGGAAAGCGCUGCCAAAAGUUUUCAUUCCCCUUAAUUUAAUUGCAAACUUCCAUCAGCACCAGUAGCCAGUCUAGGCAGCUGAUGGAGUUCGGUUUCGCAACAUGACGCAACCAGCAAUAAGCUUCCUAGCGCUUCUUUUCACACUAACUGCUGACUGGAGAGAUACGUCACAGAAUGUUACCGAGUGCCGUAAUUUCUCGUUAUCCAUCGAGCACAGGGGGCUCGCAAAAUGUUGCCGUCAGCUCGACCAUAACCGACAAGCAAGAAAAAAAAUGUUUAUGAGGCACAUAGUUAUGUAUGUACAUCUUUUAUCCCUAAAACGGGGGCACAAUAUUUACACAAACGAUUCAUUCACAAUAAGGCAUGCACCACACAUUGUUGGCCCAUUUUGAACGUCAUCGUGCAAAGAGUACAUUUAUUAAUGAACUUUUUGGGGAACUGUUUACUUCGAAACUGUAGAUUAAAAAUAUACUGUAUUAAUUUGACAAACAUGUGCGUUCGAGUAAACAUCUAUCGAAGCAACCCUGUCAAAAGUUUGGCUUCCGAGGGGAAAUUUCCAACAGUAAAGGAUUUCAUUUACGUAAUCUGUGGCCGAUAGACAGGAGAGUUAGAGAAUUAAGAUAUACUUUUUUUUAAAUGAAUAGGUGCUUCAACUGUU